AUUUCACACUUGUGUUGUAGAUGUCAUACUACCUUUGCUAAAUUUAUAUUUGCUUAUCAAACAUGUAAAAACCUAUUUUUAAUAAAAGUUGCGUACUGCAGCUUUAAGUCUCAUUUGGGAAUGAGAAGCAAUUUCCUCUUGGGCAUUAAUAAGCACAAAUAUUUUGGCUCAAAUAUGCUGGAAUUCCAUCUGGGUUGCUAGGUAACGGGUUGGGAUUGGCUGGGGUUGCUAGGUAACAGGCCAGGUUCCGCUGGGGUUGCUAGGUAACGGGCAGUGCCUGCUUAAUGUGAUGUUUCAUUCAGGAGGUUUUUAAAACGGCUCAUUUUUCAGAUACAAACAAAAAUGUAUUAAUUGUCAAGAAUCAGCUGGUUAUAUUUCUUAGAAGCAGUAGAGACACAAAUACAAGUAUAAAAAUGUGCAAAGUGUGAAUUUUUGCUUAAUACAUUCACUUUAAAAUACACCAACUCAAGUGUUCCCAAUAAACUGAUUAUGGUUAUUUUUAACCAAUCAGAAUCUUACAAAGUCAUGACAUCAUCCCAGAUUGUUUAAAGACUUGGUAAGAUAAAUAAACACGAACUUCUGACUUCCAGAAUGUUAAUGUUGCAUACUUACCUUACUCACCUGGUCGGGUAGUAACUAGUUACAUUUACUUAAGUAACUUUUUGGAAAAAUGUGUGUUUUGUAGUUUCAGGUGUUUUUUAUUGGCAGAAACUGAUUUGGAAACAUUUUCUUUUGCCUGACUCUGUUAUUUUGUAAUUAUAUCAAUUUUUUUAAUUCCAGUCUCUAAAAUAUCACAAUUUCAACAUAACUAUAUUUUGGUCUGUCUGAUGAUGUAAUUUUUAAAUCUUAAAUUGUUUUGAUGUUUUGAUCAGUUGACUUUUUACCAGUUAGUUUUUUACUCUCACUUGCGUGAUUUCUUUUUACUUUUGAUUGAUUAAAAAGAUGUUGAAGUAGUGCUGCUCUUACUUGAGUGCAGUUUCUGGGUACUCUGCCCACCUCAUCAUAUUCAGACAGGUUCAAACUAAUUUUCUUGUUCUUUUUUAAUGUAAUCGUACAGCAUUAAUAUGUUUAAAAGUGGAAAAAUUGAAAGAAAAGCCCUCAAACCUUUAGAAAACAACUCAGGCGGUGACCACUAGGAGUCCCUUUUUCUCUCUUUAAAAAACACCUUCUAAGUUUUCUCUGCUGUUUCACCAGAUGCAUCUAAAAGACACUCAAACCUAAAAAAAAAAAAAAAAAAAAGUCCCCACAGUUGUUUUUGAGCCGUUAGAUCAAUAAACCCUCCUGUCACGUCUGAAGAACACACACUUCAAGGAAUCGCUGCUUUCUAGUGAGGUAAGAUUUGAUUUAAACCUAAAUUUAUAUUUAAGUGCAUUAAUAUCUAAAAUAUAAAACAGUAAAAACAUAAAUGUUGAAACCUGCUUGCUUGUUUCUUUUCUAUUUUUUGUCCAACAUGAGUCACAAAUAGUGUGUUAUGGGGUUGUAAAAGAAGGACCAUGUUUGAAUUUAAAUGUUUUUCUGUGUUUUGCUGCAGCUGACGAUGCUAGCAGCGCUAACUCUGGCCUCUCUGGGCCUCUUGGCGCGGGCGUCGGACCUCUGCCCGCCCGCCUGCCGCUGCUUCGACAACCUGACCACGGCUGACUGCCGGGACAAAGGCCUGACCCAGAUACCGCCGCUACCGGCCGGAACGCUGAAGCUCUUCAUCUUGAACAACAAGAUCGAGGAAAUACCCGAGAACGGGCUGAAUGAGCUGCAGGUCCUGGACCUGACCCAGAACCAGCUCAGUGCCUCUCUGAACCCGGUUUGGCCCGCUAUGACCAACCUGACCAAGCUGCUGCUGCGUGACAACGACCUGGCGUCUCUGCAUCCGGCCCAGUUCCUGAACUGCCCCGCCCUCGUCUUCUUGGACCUGAGUAAGAACCACAUCAAGCAUCUGACGCCGGGGUUCCUCUAUGGCUUGGCCAAUCUGAAGACGCUGCUCCUGAGCCACAACCAGAUCGAAACGCUGCAGGCGGAGGUUCUGGACAACGUCGUCGGCCUCACAGAGCUCCACCUGGACUUCAACAGGUUGAGGGAAAUAGAGAGCGGCGUCUUCAGGAGCUCCGCCAUGUUGCGGAAGUUGGAUUUGUCCAACAACCGGAUAGUAAAAGUGGAGGAUGGGAGUUUCAGAGGAGCGGCUGGUUUGAAACAUCUGGAUCUGAGUGGAAACCAGCUGGUCACCAUUCCAGCUGAUUCCUUUCUCCUCUCUGACUCUGGAUCUGAGUCGGAACCAGCUCGCCUCUCUCCCAAACGAAGUCUUCAAAGACCUGGCCAAACUCAGGUUUCUGGAUCUCUACAGGAACCGACUGACAGAACUCCCGCCGGAUGUUUUCAGGAGUUUGAACAAUCUGUCGGAUCUGCAGCUGGACGGAAACCAGAUCUCAACGCUGCAGCCGGAGGUUUUCGCCGCGUCGCACAAACUUCAAGACCUGCUGCUGUCUCAAAACCACAUCCUGGAGCUCCACCCUGCUCUGUUCGCCAACAUGCCGUCUCUGCAGAACCUUCAGCUGGCCCACAACGCCCUGACGCUGCUUACCAGAGGGCCUUUUCCACAAGCUCCAGGCGCUCAAAGAGCUUCACCUGCAAUACAACCGCAUCGCUUUCCUCCACAAGUCAGUCUUUGACAGGUUUACCAAAAGUAACCAGAGUGGAUCUCUCCAACAACCGUAUUUCAUCUCUACACUCAGACCAGUUCAGGGAGCUUUCCAGGUUAAAAGACUUGAAACUGGACGGAAACCAGUUGGUUAAGCUUCCCUCAAAUCUUUUCACUGCUCUUGGGAAACUUGUGACGCUGGAUCUGGGCCACAAUAAUCUCUCGGAGUUGUCCUCAGACACUUUCAAAGGGUUGAUCCACCUUAAGAACCUGAUUCUGAGCUUCAACUCGCUCCACAGCGUCCACUACAACGCCUUCCAGGAUCUGGGCAGCCUCCACACACUGCUGCUGCAGAACAACAGCUUGGAGAGUUUAACCCCUGAGCUCUUCCACCCGCUGCCAAAGCUCAGGGAGCUGAACCUGGACGGAAACAAGCUGGGUCGCCUCAAUCCUCGUCUCUUUCAGAGGCUUAAAGACCUCCAGGAGCUGAGCCUGAAGUCCAACCGGCUCCUGUCUUUAGAGACCAAGACUCUGAAGCCUCUAAAGAAGCUUUCACUCAUCUACCUCUCUGAUAAUAUGUGGAACUGUACAAGUGUUGAUAUUUUCUACUUGUGCAACUGGGUUAAGGUAAAUACAGAAAAACUAAACGAUAAGCCGGUCUGCUACUUCGGGUCCGAAUCAAAGUCGCCCAUCUUCUUACUGGAUCACUGCGCUGCCGCUGCGCGCUGCCCGCCUUCGUUUCCUCUACAACUGCUGAGCGUCCUGACGCCUUCUCUCAUCGCUGUAGCCCACAGCUUCCUCUGAAGUGGUUCACGCUUCCUGUACGUCCUCUGCCUUUACUCGUCUGCACUCCAAGAUCAAACGGCGCAGGCAAGAAGAUCUGAGCAAAUCCAACUAAAACUCAAAGAACGCAAUGACUAAAGCCUCCUGUCACAUUCAAAGGGCUUUAUAUGAUGGACCAACUCAAAGAGGCGCACAUUAGGGCUUCUGUAGGUAGAAAAAAAGGAGGAAAUCUCAGAAAUUUUCUAGAAAAAAAAAAUUUCUCAGUUAAAAAGUUGCACAUUUGGGGCGUGCAGCGGUGGCGUAGGGGAUAGCGCGACGCAUGUUUGGAGGCCUUGAGUCGCCGUUGCGGGUUCAACUCCCAGACCCGGCGAUGUUUGCCGCAUGUCUUCCCCCCUUUCCUGUCAGCCUACUGUCAUAUAAGGGGCACUAGAGGCCACAAAAGACCCCCUGGAGGGGUAAAAAAACAAAAAUUGCACAUUUGCCAAAUAAAGUUCUGAAUUUUUUAGAUUAAACUUAAAAAGUUUAAUCUCUCUGCAAGUUUGCUAAAAAAAAAAAAAACUGACAUUUUCUAGAAAAUUCAAGGAAAAUUGCUGAAAAAAAACAAACAAACAGAAAUUGAGAUGAAUCUAAACUUUGAUGUUUUUUAUAGAUAACUUCUGAGAUUAAGUUCCUUGAUUUUCUUGGCAAAUUUCUGAGUCUUUUCCAAGCAAACUUUUCACUUUUCCAAAAGUGACAGAAAUGUCAUUUCUAGAGAAUUCUGAGAUUAAUCUAAAAAUGUUUGUUUUUUUUCUAGCAAUUGUUUGACUAUUACAAACUCAGAAAUUUUCAGGGGCUUUUUGUCCUAGAAAAUUUCCAGUUGUCUAGAAAAUUACUGAGUGUUUUUGGUUCACACUUCUUGUACGUCCUUUUCCUUCGUUUCCAAGAUCAAACAGCUGUGCAACUUUUAGUUGGAUCUGAGCAAAUCCGACUAAAACUCGAAUGUUCCUCCAUUUGUUGUUUCUUUAAAACAUUUGUUUUUCUUCAAUCUUAUGUUCAGCAGGUUGUUUUGAUUGUAAAGGCUUUUUAUUAGCAACAUAAAAAGAUUAGUUUGUAACUAAUAAUUUGUGUACCAAAUAAACUUGAAUAAAUGAAA